AUGGCGGUCUUGUCCUUGAUUUUCCUAAUUUCGCUCGUUCAAGCGUUCGUGCCAUGCCACGCAGCCGACGCUUCCACGGCGCAGCCCACGCAGUUCGAGAUCUCCAUGCGAAGGAUGUUAGAGCUGCCCGAGGAGCUGAGGCGGCAGCACGCGGACCGCAUUCUCGCAGCCGCUAGCGACGGGGAUCGCGAACUCGAAGGCGGCGAUGCCGGCGGUCUGAGCAACAGACGCGUUCUCCAAAAUGCGGGAGUGAAGCUCGGGCUAUCGGCGCCGCCGCUUAACUCGGGGCCGAGCAUGGCGACGGUGAACAUGUCGUUCUACCGCUGGGAGAGCGUCACGCCGCCGCCCGUCGUCGACUGGCGCAAGAACAUCGCCAUCACGCCCAUCCUAACGCAAUAUGUGUGCUCAAGCUGCUGGGCGAUCGCGGCCGUCGAUACCAUCGCCAUCAUGUGGGCGAUCCCCAACAACAGCACCGGGGCGAACCUGUCGCCGCAGCAGGUGUGCGACUGCGCGACGAAGCAGUGCUGCCAGGGCGGGUGGCCCGAGUGGGCCUUCUCCUACGUGCUCUUCAACGGCGGCAUCACCACCAACGCCAACUACCCGUACACCGCCUUAGAUUCCGCCACGUGUCUGCUCGACACAACCAUGUCGACCGCGGCGCAGAUCACGGGGUGGGAGCUGGUGCCGGCAUUCAACGCCAUGGCGCUCAUGAAGGCCGUCAGCAUGCAGCCCGUCGUCGCCUUCAUCAGCGCCUCCGCCGCCGAUUUCACCGGUUACUCAAGCAAUGGCGUGCUCAACAUUUACAACGGGCUGUGCACGACGGACGUGAACCACGCGGUGGUGGUGGUGGGCUUUAACUACACGGGGCCGGACCUCAAAGGCAGCUACUGGAUCAUCAAGAACUCGUGGUACGCCACGUGGGGCGACCGCGGCUACAUGUACCUCGCCAUGACGCCCGACGUGCGCGGAAAAUGCGGCAUCUUAUCAACCCCCGCCAUGUACCCCGUCUACUUCCCAUCCGGGCAGCAGCCGGCGCGCUUUGCGUCAGACAAGGGCGGCAAGUGGAAAAUCAACAAGGUGGACGACCUCUCGUCGUCGCUCUUCUCCUCCACCCUUUCAACCACCACCACCACCGCCACCACCCUCAGCCCCACGCUGGGAACGACGUGCGCGGGGAUGAUCAACCCUUGCGGUGGGGGCGGUUGUUACGUGAGCGGCGGAGUUCCGCGGUGCAAUUGCAGCGCACUGGCGAAUUUUGUUGAGAUGCCCGGAUUGCCCACGUCCAAGUGCGUGCCGCGAAGUCCCUGCACGACGGCUCCUGUGAAUCCCUGCGGCGGCGGAUCGUGCUCGGAUGUUGGCGACGGGACGUACACUUGCGCGUGCACUGCGGGUUACGCCGUCGGCGCAGCUGUCGACGGUUCGCCAACGUGCGUCCCUGCAGCUGGCCUCGCGAAGUCCUAUGUUACCAAUCCUGGCGACAACUGCACGUUUGUCGCGACUUCUUUCAACAUAUCGACCACCUCACUGACCAGUCUGAACAGUUUUAUUAACUGCUCCGUUACAGAAUACCUCCCUCCCGGAAUUGCACUUACAGUUUCGGCAGCAGUGACUUCCUUAUCCUCAUAUUGCACCAACACAUACACCGUCCGACCUUCGGACACUUGCACUUCUGUCGCCAACACUUUCUUCAACGGAUCUCUCACUUCCCUUAUGGCAAUCAACCCUGGCUUGUCGUGCAAGCGCUUGUUCAAGUCACAGCAGAUCUGCCUUCAAAUGGUUACCGCAUCGACAACAUCGUCGGCUCCACAGUGCGGGCAAAGCGUCCCUGUGGUGAUCGGAGACACUUGCACUUCGGUUGCUGCUAAAUAUUCAGUUGACAGCGUAACAUUUGCCUCGCUCAACCCAGGCGUCAACUGCAGCAACCUUGCAGUGGGCUCAUACGUAUGUGUGGCUCCAUCAGCACCUGCGACCACCAUCAACUGCACGGGGUGGUACCGGGUGAUGCAGGGCGACACAUGCCCCUCCAUCUGGAAUGGAGCCAACCUCACCAUGUCCAUGUUCCUCUCCAUCAACCCGGGCAUCCAGUGCCAGGCGCCCUACCUGGUGGUGGGCCAGCAGGUCUGCAUCGACUCACCCCUCCUCACCACCAUGCAGCGAAACCCAAAUGCCAACUACUCCAUCUACACCGUCCGCGCCGGCGAUACCCUCUCCACCAUCUCCACCCAGUACCUCACCCGCUGCACGCUACUUUCUGUUUCCCCUGCUGCCAUUGCCGCCCAAAACUUCAUUCUCAACGCCUCUGCACCACUCCCCGUCGGCCUGAACCUCAUCAUCCCCUGUAUUGGCGGCAUCGUAAGGCGCACAUGCAAGAUGGGGGACAGAAGCCGACUAAUGGCGGCCGCGAACGCUGUUCUCCUAACUGCACUCCCUCUGGCCUUCAUGCCACGCCACGCCACCCACGCUUCCACGCAAUUCGAAAUCUCCAUGGGAAAAACGAUGGAGCUCCCCGUGGAGCUGAGGCGGCAGCACGCGGACCGCAUUCUCGAAGCCGCUCGCGACGCGGAACGCGAAUUUGAAGGCGGCGGUGGCGGCGGCCGGCGCGGCGGGCGCGUUCUGGUGGACACCGGAGUGAAGCUCGGGCUGUCGGCGCCGCCGCUUAACUCGGGGCCGAGCAUGGCGACGGUUAACAUGUCGUUCUACCGCUGGGAGAGCGUCACGCCGCCGCCCGUCGUCGACUGGCGCAAGACCGUCGCCAUCACGCCCAUCCAGACGCAGUAUGUGGUGCGUAACCCGCCCAUCCCGCAGUGUGUGGUGCCUUCUCCGCUUGCAGAUGCACGCCCGUCUGCUUUUCACUCGCCCUGCUGGGCGAUCGCAGCCGUCGAUUCCAUCGCCAUAAUGUGGGCGAUCGCCAACAACGCCACGGGGACGAACCUGUCGCCGCAGCAGGUGUGCGACUGCGCGACGAAGCAGUGCUGCCAGGGCGGGUGGCCCGAGUGGGCCUUCUCCUACGUGCUCUUCAACGGCGGCAUCACCACCAACGCCAACUACCCCUACCUCGCCUACGAUUCCGCCACGUGUCUGCUCGACACAACCAUGCCGUCCGUGGCGCAGAUCACGGGGUGGGAGCUGGUGCCGGCAUUCAACGCCAUGGCGCUCAUGAAGGCCGUCAGCAUGCAGCCCGUCGUCGCCUUCAUCAGCGCCUCCGCCCCCGAUUUCACCGUACGCCGCCCUGCUCCCUGCGCCCCUGCCUCCCGUUCCCUCUCCCCGCGCUUCGCCGCUCGCACACUGUUUUCCCCGCGUUUCCCGGCUCCCACCGUUUCCUGGUUCCCCCCGUUUUCCUCUCACACGUUCCCCGUUCUUCCGCGUCGUUCCAAUCACAUCGUUUUUCAAAUCCCCGCGUUUCUCCGCUCACACCGUUUCCCGAUCUGCGUUUCAAUUGCUUCCGAUUUGCCGCGUCGCACCAUGUACGAGUCCCCGCGUUUCCUUCCCUCUUUGUCCACCACUCUCCCCGUGCAGGCGUAUGCAAGCCGCGACACGGUCAACAUUUACAACGGGCUGUGCACGACGGACGUGAACCACGCGGUGGUGGUGGUGGGCUUUAACUACACGGGGCCGGACCUCAAAGGCAGCUACUGGAUCAUCAAGAACUCGUGGUACGCCACGUGGGCCGACCGCGGCUACAUGUACCUCGCCAUGACGCCUGACGUGCGCGGGAAAUGCGGCAUCUUAUCAACCCCCGCCAUGUACCCCGUCUAUUUCCCAUCCGGGCAGCAGCCGGCGCGCUUUGUGUCCGACAAGCGCGGCAAGUGGAAAAUUACCAAGGUGGACGACCUCUCGUCGUCGCUCUUCUCCUCCACCCUUUCAACCACCACCAACGCCGUCACCAUCGACAAUAUUACGACCAUGCCGGUUGACUACGCAACUGUUGUAUCGCUCAACCCAGCAGCCAACUGCAACGGCAGUCUUGCAGUGGGCUCCUCUGUAUGUGUGGCAUCAAAAUCAGCUGUGGCGAGCCUCGACUGCACGGGGUGGUACCGGGUGAUGCAGGGCGACACAUGCCCCUCCAUCUGGAAUGGAGCCAACCUCACCAUGUCCAUGUUCCUCACCAUCAACCCUGGUAUCCAGUGCCAGGCGCCCUACCUGGUGGUGGGCCAGCAGGUCUGCAUCGACUCACCCCCCCUCACCACCAUGCAGCGAAACCCAAACGCCAACUACUCAAUCUACACCGUCCGCCCGAACGAUACCCUCUCCACCAUCUCCACCCAAUACCUCCCCCGCUGCACACUACUUUCUAUUUCCCCGGCUGCCAUUGCUGCCCAAAACUUCAUCCCGAACGCCUCUGCACCGCUCCCAAUCGGCACCAACCUCAUCAUCCCCUGUAUUGCCGGCAUCGGUAUGAUCGACGGCAGCUGUGCAACGUCUCUCACGGUGUGCGGAUCAGAUUUCGUCUCAUACCCGUCGUACUGCCAUGCAACAGUCAACUACGCCCUUCCCAUUAUCAACUCUGGUCCGUGUGACAAGUGUGCAGCUGCUUGCCCUGGUCGCAUGGGACUGCCUCCGCUUCCCGGCUUCGGCUGCACGCAAGCCAUCUGCCCGUAUCCAACCUGGUUCGGAGGGUCAGACUGCACUCUAGCAGGACCCAACACUACCUUCACGGCACCCCUCUAG